GAAGAAGCAUCGUCUCUUUUCUUCUCUGAGAGUAGCUUUCGUUGUGGUUGUGGAGCUCUUUCCCGCUUCUGGCGAUGUUCAUCCUCAGAGUUCAUUCGGUUGACUUGGAGCGACCAAUCUCCAUUGAAGAUGAAGAUACAGGUUUCACCUACGCAUCGAAGAGAGCUCAGCCUCCUCUUAAACUCAUACAACCAUCCCUCAAAAUCACCGAACGCAAAGGUCUGAUCCAUCUCUACCGCAACUCUUCACACAGCUCGCUCCCUAACCCUAGCUCCCGUUCCACCACUCUCUUCAUCGUCGCUGUUCCCAAUUACCUCUCCUCCCUUGAUUUCAUCCGCUUCUGUGAUUCCCGCAUCGCUAGUGUCUCCGAGAUCCUCUUCAUCAGGAACGAUGGAAUGGAAGAUCGAUAUAGUGUUCUUGUCACACUUAGUGAUCAAUCCGCUGCAGAUGGAUUCCACAAUAACCUAAAUGGGCAAAAAUUUGCACCAUCUGAGGCUGAGGUUUGCCAUAUUCUCUAUGUAAUGUCGGUGGAACACACUGAAUUUGAUGAGGUUGCUGCAGAAGCUCCUGCUGGAUUUACAGAGUUACCUACUUGCCCAAUAUGUCUUGAGAGAUUAGAUCCUGACACCAGUGGUAUAGUCAGCACUCUUUGUGAUCACUCGUUUCAGUGUUCUUGCACUUCCAAAUGGACUUAUCUAUCCUGUCAGGUUUGUCGAUUGUGUCAACAACCAGAUGAGAUAUUAAGCUGUUCUAUUUGUGGGAAAACAGAGAACGUAUGGGCAUGCCUUGUCUGUGGCUUCUUAGGUUGUGGAAGAUACAAGGAAGGGCAUUCUAUCAGGCACUGGAAAGAAACGCAUCACUGCUAUUCUCUUGAUUUGCGAACACAACAAAUCUGGGAUUAUGUUGGUGACAGCUAUGUUCAUCGGUUAAACCAUUCAAGAAUUGAUGGAAAGUCAGUAGAGAUGAACACCCGUUGUCUGUCACACAAAGGGGACUGUGGUCUCUGUGAGUGUAGUGAGGAUACAGGAAUUAGCGGAGCCAUCUUCAACAGCAAAGUUGAUUCAAUUGUUAGCGAAUAUAAUGACCUUCUUGCAAGUCAACUGAAGGGACAGCGACAGUACUAUGAAUCUCUCAUUGUUGAGGCGAGAAGUAAGAAGGAAAGUAGUAUCGCUGAAGCAGUUGAGCAGAUUGUUGUGAACAAAAUGCAGGAGCUUCAGAAUGAGAUUGAAAAAUGUGAAGAGGAAAAAAGUUGUAUCACUGAGGUUAACAGAAAACUUAUAAAAGAGCAGGACACUUGGCGGAAGAAGGCCAAGGAGAUAGAAGAGAGGGAAGCUGCAUUGCUAGGAUCAAAAGACGAGAUGAUAGUUGAUCUUGAAGAACAGAUAAGAGAUAUUACGAUUUUCAUUGAAGCCAAAAAAACCCUAAAGAAGAUGUCAUUAGAUUCGGAUGGUAUACGUGAAGGAACCGUCUUACCAGUGCCUAUCAAGGAUGAGCCGGUUUCUUCGGUUAGAAGGCAGAAGAAGUCAAACCGGAGAAAGUGAAUAGCAGCUUUUUGAUUCUUUUUAGUUUUAGGAUUUACAGUACUUGGGUUUCAGUUUCUCCGGUUUAAACUAAACAGCUCUCAGGUCUAAAGACUUACCAAACUGAAGUAUAUCCGAUUAAGAGAAACCAAAAGGCAAAGUUUUGAGUACUAAUAUCUUUGAUAAGAUCUGAAACAAAACGCCUCUAUCUCGUACACUGUAUAUAUUGUAACUGGAUCCACUAUGGUUUAUGUGAUUGGAAAGUUAAACUGAUAUCAGUUAUCUGUCA